AUCUUCAAUAAACCAUUCCAUUGCUUGCACCUACUGCGUCUGUUGUUGUUACUCGCGCUACAGCAGUGGCGACGAGGGUGGGACUUCAUGCGAGCAUGGUCAGCGACUGACAGGAUGGAAUGAUGGCAUCUCGCCCACCGGUUUUCGACGAGACGCUGAGCAGCUGGAGCACGUACAGGAUACGGUUGGCAGCUUAUUUUGAGGGCAAUGGAAUUACUGAUGCGGCCAAACGCCGAGCUCUGCUGGUGUCUUCGUUGAGCAAUAAUGUCUUGCGCAUGUUGCAUGGACGCCUUCCAACCGUGUCGGUUAACAGCCAGACUUACGAUGAAGUCGUUCAAUACCUCAAGGAGCAUUACAAUCCUCAAGUUAAUGAAAAAGCGGCGAGUUUCUCGUUCUUUAUGCGCAAACAAAGGGAUGGAGAGAGCGUUCGGGAAUACAUUGACGACCUUCGGAGACUGGCGGAAAGUUGCAACUUCGGCAACUCGCUGCACCGUAUGCUGCGAGACCGCAUAGCAUGCGGAAUCAGGGACGACAACGCACAACGCUGCAUAUUACCGCGGAAGAAGCUAACUUUUGAGAAAGCAGAAGAAUUUUCCAUAGCUUCAGAGAAGGCGCGAGGGGACGUUCAUGGCAUGCGAGAAGUAGACCCAGUGACUACGGGAACCAGCAUCAAUGUUGUACAGUCGCAGCGAGGACGACGACCCUGGACGAAGUGGAACAUGGCAAAGAACAACCAUUCAUGUGAGCGUUGCGGCGGCCCCCACGCAACACACAUGUGCCGUCAUCGAAACACCAUGUGCCACCAUUGCAGCAGGAAAGGUCAUCUGGCAAAGGUUUGCAGCAGUAGCUGCCCUCGAGAACGUGGUGCCUUUGCCGUUGAGGAAAUGGAAGGUGAGAUCGAAGAAGAAAUGUUGCUUGCUCUUGUCGCUCACAGCUCCGCCGACAGAGCUACGUUGAAGUCUCUUUAGGAAGAGUUGAAAAGGCAGGGCCGGAAAUUGCGAAUGAUUCUAGACACGGGUUCUCCGGUCAGCGUCAUACCGAAGUACAUAUUUAAGAAACAUCAAAAAUGAUAGCCGGCACUAGAAAGAACGUCGCUCCACUUAACAUGCUUCCGCGGGCCAUUGCCAGUUGUCGGCGAGGUAACCAUGAGGGUUCAGUCUGGAUCGACUGUUGUGACCAGCACGCUAAUCGUCGUGGCAAGUAACGGACCACUGCUGUGCGGCCAGAACACGAUAGAGGCCUUCCGUAAGGCGGGUGUGUCCUUCUGGGACACUAGAACCACCUUAAGUGUAAAUGUUCUUCGGGAUAACAAGAUGACGCCUCUGCUCGAUGAAUUUUCGGAUUUUUUCGAUAACAAGCUUGGCUGUUGCAAGGGCCCCCCUGUGCACUUACACCUCAAAGAAGGAGCCCGCCCACGUUUCUGCAAGGCACGUACAGUGCCUUAUGCUAUGCGCUCCAAAGUUUUGGCCGAGAUCGACCGUCUUGUGCAAGACGGAGUGCUUUCGCCGAUAAGCAUUUGAGAUUGGGCAACACCGGUGGUUCCGGUAGCAAAAAAGAACGGCGAUAUACGAUUGUGUGGCGACUUCAAGUUAACAGUCAACCCGGCGUCUCACUUGGAACAGUAUGCCCUGCCCAAAGUUGAAGACAUAUUGGUGGCACUAUCGGGAGGCGAAGUCUUCAGUACUCUGGGUCUACGCAAAGCGUACAAUCAGCUGCCGCUGAACGACGAAGCUAGAGAGACGGCGGUACUCAACACACACAGGGGCUUUUACUGCUACAAUCGCCUAGCAUUUGGAAUUGCUUCAGCCCCCGCCUUGUUCCAGCGACGCAUGGAAUCGAUUUUGCAAGGUUUGCCGAAUGUUCAAGUGUACCUCGACGACAUGAUUGUGGUGGAAAAGGAAAACGACACGUCGGUACUGCGGCAAGUGUUUCAGCGGCUUCGUGGACACAACCUGAAGUUGAACAAAGCCAAGUGCCGGUUUAGGGAAGCACAAGUGGCGUUUCUGGGGCACCGCAUCGAUGCCAAAGGUCUUCAUCCUCUGCAAGAUAACCUCGAGGCGGUACUGGCCGCACCGAAGCCAACAUCGCGCAGAGCAGUUGGCAGACAGCGCGAGCGAGGACAUGCUCCUCCGACAGGUGAAGACGUGGAUCCUUUGUGGUUGGCCAAACCAGGUGGGGCCGGAGCUACAGUGCCUUCAGCCGUACUUCACCCGCAGAUACGAACUCACUGUGAGUAAAGGACCAAUAUACUGGGGUCAUCGCGUAGUUUUGCCCGAGACCGUGCGGGCACUUAUUCUGAGAGAACUUCACGACGCUCACCCAGGCAUGACUGCAAUGAAGCGCCUGGCCCGUACUAUGUUUUGGUACCCCGGAUUGGACCACGACAUAGACAAGCUGGUACAAAGCUGCCAGCAAUGCAUGCAAUGUUGGUCCAUGCCAGCGGUACAGGUCCCUUCAAAUUCGCCGAAAACCAACAAAGGUUGGUCUCACCUGCAUAUCGACUAUGCAGGUCCAUUGGAAGGUCACAUGAUCUUGGUGGUGGUAGAUGCGGAAACGAAACGGAUAGAGGCAGUACCUCUUAAAAGAGCAAGUGCAGAAACUACAAUCGAAGUACUGCGAGGGAUCAUCGCGCAUUUUGGUCUGCCCCAUGCAGUCGUUUCCGACAAUGGGCCACAAUUUAGCAGUUCAGUGACUGAAAAAGUUUCCAAAGGUAACCAUGGUGUGUCAUGUCACCUGCGCUCCAUACUAUCCAAGCCAUACUAUAUUGCAAGCCCGCCUGUCGCAUCACGAAGUGCACAUUCACCUACUGAUUCGUACGGAAUAAAAGCAGCCACGCUAUCUUUAAUAAACCAUUCCAUUGCUUGCACCUACUGCGUCUGUUGUUACUCGCGCUACAGCACAAAUCUAUCUAUGCCCGCAGUGAGAGUUGAUAUUUGA